ACAGAAGGACUUAACUGGCCGCAGGUGGCGUGUGGAACGCUGCAGCAAGACUCCUCUGUCAGGGACGUCGCUUCGUUCAGCUCUUCCUCCGAGGUGAAAACUCCAGAGUAACCAUGUCUGACACAGAAGAAGUUGAACACGUGGAGGAAGUGGAAGAGGAAGACGCCUAUGAAGAGGAAGAGGAGAAGCCAAAGUUCAAGCCUUCUGCACCCAAGAUUCCUGAGGGGGAUAAGGUGGAUUUCGACGACAUCCAGAAGAAGCGUCAGAACAAGGAUCUGGUCGAGUUGCAGGGUCUCAUCGACAGCCACUUCGAGCAGAGGAAGAAGGAGGAGGAGGACAUCAUCGCCCUCAAGACCAGGAUUGAGAAGCGCAGGGCGGAGAGGGCGGAGCAGCAGAGGAUCCGAUCGGAGAAGGACAAGGAGCGCCAGGCCAGACGCGAGGAAGAGAGACUGAGGAAGGAGGAGGCUGAUGCCAAGAGGAAAGCAGAUGAUGACGCCAAGAAGAAGUCUGCCCUGUCCAGCAUGGGCUCCAAUUACAGCAGCUACUUACAGAAGGCCGACCAGAAGAGAGGAAAGAAACAGACUGAGAGAGAAAAGAAGAAGAAGAUCCUCGCAGAAAGACGCAAGCCCCUGAACAUCGACCAUCUGAGCGAGGACAAGCUGAGGGAAAAGGCUAAGGAGCUUUGGGAAUGGAUGAAGACCCUGGAAUCGGAGAAGUAUGACCACAUGGAGAAGCUGAAGAGGCAGAAAUAUGAGGUCAUCUCUCUCAGAAACCGCAUCGAUGAGCUGCAGAAACACAGCAAGAAGGGAGCCGCCGCCCGCCGCAGAAAGUAGAGCGUCCCCUUCCCGGGAAGGGCCCUCUCCUGCGCGCCCGCGCCCUGCAGCUUGGAGCCACGAGCCCUCCCCCUGGAGAAACCCGCUUCUCACCGCAACUCGGAUCGCACAAGGAGCCACGGCAUGGAAACGGCUCGCGCUGGAUGACUCACCAUCCGUCGGGUGUCGCGUGGAGCCCAACAGAACCGCUUAUCGCUGUUGCCGUAGAUGUAGCCACCAACGCGCCUUCUCACCUUGGACUGUUUGGUUCUCGUUACUUUUUUGUAAAUAAAGCGUGACACUUCA